GUCUCCUCUGGGUUGGACCUGCUGUUCCGCGAGAUGAGUGCCAGUACAGGAACACCGGCCAGUCAAGGUCGCACCUUCGCGUCGCUCAUGAAUGAGCAAUACAGAAUAACGAAACGGCUCGGCGGUGGGAGUUUUGGCGACAUCUACCUUGGUGUUGGUCAAAAUGGCGAACAGGUGGCGGUCAAGUUUGAGAAGCAUAGCACAAGAUGCCCGCAACUGCGACACGAGUACAAGGUCUACCGCGAGCUGCAGAACUGCACUGGGUUUGGGAGGGUGUACUACUACGGAACAUACAACAGCUAUAACGCGAUGGUGAUGGACCUGCUCGGCCCUUCUUUGGAAGACCUCUUCACCAAAUGCGGUCGUAGGUUUUCGCUCAGGACCGUGCUACAGGUUGCCGACCAGCUACUGGACAGGAUGGAGACGAUGCACUCUAGGCAUCUUAUUCACCGAGAUGUGAAACCGGCGAACUUCGUCCUCGGCCCUGGUCGCGGAUGCCAGACUAUAUUUUGCAUCGAUUUCGGGCUGAGCACGCGAUACCGACACCCGCGCACUCUGCAACAUAUCCCUUACAGAGACGGAAGGUCUCUCACCGGCACCCCAAGAAGGUAUGCAUCCAUUAACAACCACCUGGGUCUGGAGCAGAGCCGACGGGACGAUCUAGAGAGUAUCGGGUUCGUCCUGGUUUAUUUCCUGAAGGGUUCCUUACCUUGGCAGGGACUAAAGGCCCGCAACGCCAAACGAAAAUACAAGAUUAUUAUGGAGCGGAAGCAAGCCAUUAGCAUACAGCAACUUUGCCAGGGCCUUCCGCAGCAAUUCGCAGAGUAUUUGGCUUAUUGCCGAUCCCUGAAGUUCGAAGCCAAGCCAAACGUGCCUUAUCUCCAGGGUUUACUGCGCGAGCUGUACAAGGUGCAAGGACACUCGCCGUCAGACACCCCUGAGUGGGAUUGGAGUAAGUUCGAGGGCAGGUCCGGGCGUGGAGGGGUUGAAAAUAUCAGCGGGGAAGCAAUCGCCAUCAGCGACAACCCUGGUGAAACACACGUACCUGGAGUGUGGCAAGCAGUUCCUGCCGAGGUUAAGGUUAUCACGAAGGAAAAUCUGACACCUGUGGUCAGGAGCAAGAACGGAGAGAACCAUGUUGACAAUCCAGGCGUUGGCCGCGAGCACGACAGACCCGGGGCGCAACCGGCAGCGAAACGGUCGACUACUGAGGAUGAUAAAAAACGCAAUUCCGACAGCACGAGUGACAGAUGCCAACUAGAACCCCAGAAUGGAGAAAAUGACAAUCAAGCGACGGAGUUCACUAGUAACAGUCGGGGAAGAUGCGCGGGUGGCCGGAAUGCAACAAGGCGCUCAAGAGGCCACAGCCCUGUACACGGGACAGCAGGAUGGUCCAUGUGGAAUAUGCGACCCAAAACCUCUGGAUCAUUCUGGGGAAGAGGUGUCCAAGAAACUACGCCAUCAGAAGCGGGAAAUGGAAUGCCAGGAGGAGGCCAAGCGCAAGUAGCGGCCACACUAGGCGUUGCCCAGGUUGCUCAUGGCUCAUCUAGGAGGCCAUCAACGGGCGAACCGCCGCGAAUCGAAGGGGCCUGCAUGGGACAUGGUAUUAACUGGGGCACCAAUUCUGUGCCCGCUGAUGUUGCCACCAAGAACGCGAGGCCGCAUACGGCUCACGGCCUCAGAGAAUCGGACAUUACUAGGGGGCGAGGAGAUGCUGCCCCGGUUGUUGCUGGCGCUCGCGGAAUGAUGAGGUACCGCAAUGAACGUACCGGCUCUGGCGGCAGAAGCUUGACUGGAUACGCGUGCAGCGGGUGGGAUCCAUCUUCAUCAGGCCGCAAUGGAGCGAAUCACGCUUGGUCAGGCGGAGACGGCGGAAAUCGCCGCCGCGAUACCAUCCAUCGGACCACCAGCAUAAAAUCGACCGCCGUGCGGGCCACCGAGUCAACCUACUUACUUGGGAGGUCUUCGUACGCCAUUGGAAGAAGACAUGACAUUGCGUUGCGAAGUGCGGAGGAUACCAAAAAAAAUUUAGUCACAGCGACAAUUGCCGAGGGCCGCCAACGCCCGUCGUCAGCAAGGUCGCGUGGGCUGGCAGCGUCACCAACGUUCAUUCAUCCAUCCAGGAAACCAGAGCUACCAAUGGCCACUGCCGGGGAGUAGCAACGUGCCCGCUCUGCCCCCGUAGCCGUGCUACACGCUCAGGCUCCCGGGGCCUAUUAUUACACCAACGCCGCCUGUGUUUUCAGCGUGGACGCUUGGCGGCCGUGGGGCUGCCCAAGUAACUCGUCCCGUCGUCUCAAAUUAUUUCAGAAGGCGUGUUCCAUGGGUGAUUUAUGGCCGGGUUCGGGCACAUCUGCAGCAUAUGGUGGGCUAAACUCCUAAUGUCUUUGUAAAGCCUGCCCCAAAGUGUAGGACAAAUGCUUUUGUUCUUUUCCUAGAACGAAACGGUCAUGACCUAGUGAACCCGUUCACCCACCAACUCCGUUCACUCUUUGCAAGAUGAGUAUGUUUUUCACAUCACAAAAGCUAUUUUCGCUACGUUCGUCUGUGUUUGGGGUACUUGUAGAGUGCUCACCUGGAAAUGUCUCUUUUUUUGGGGUGGAUGUAGGCCAAUAUUGGUCGUCGUGAGCAAUAGAAUCUCUACACGAACGUAAUGGUAAUUAGGUCAAACGUAAGUACACCCCCCACACACUCCGCGCCCCGUCGGGCGGAGUGGGGGCACAAACAGAUGAUUACGAGGGCGAAAAACGUAGAAGAGGAAUGCAACAUAAGGGUGCCCGCGAUGAAUGAAUAUUGGACAGAGCAUUAGGGUUUUACCCUUCUGCAUACAUAGGUAAAAUG